AUUUUUUGCAAUUUCUUAAAUAAAAUCGAAACAAACUACUGCAGGAUGUGGAGCAACUUUGAGGCAUCCCCUUGUGAAGAUGAGACAAUUUCGAAUGUGUUCUCCUCGAGGGGCAUGUUCCGGAUUAGCAGCGAGGAGGAGGUCGAGAAAUACCCAGAGGUUUUGGCAUCAGUGCAAUGUGGUAAAAUGGUGAUAUCCAUAGACAAGAGCCUCCUGCUGCUGGAGGACGAGCUGGUGGCCAAGUGCAGUUUCCUCAGUUUCAGUUCCCAAAUUGAAGCCAUUGCCAUCUCCAGCAGCGGCAAUCUGAUUGUGUGCGGGCUCAGCGAUGGCGAAGUUCAUGGUGUGUUCAUCAAGGGAUUGCUUCUGUUCAGCGUUUGCGUGAACCUGGAAGAUGUGAGCCUCUCGGGUGGUGGCACCUUCAGGAGCAUCCAUCAAUGCGAUCAGCGAUUUUACUUCACCUGCAAAAAUGGCAGCAUCUAUGGCUUGAGCGAAAUUGAUGAAGCCACCUUGGAGUCUGUGGCGAAUAUAACCCUCAAUGACAACGAGACGAUUGCCUGUGAGAAGGCCAUUCUCGAUGAUGUCACCAUCAAGCGGAUUUCCAAGGGCCGCCCGUCGGGAAAUGUCGACUGCGCUGUACUUUUCCAGCAGCUGACGCCGGCUGGUCACAUUUCCGCACAGAAUAAUCAGGAAGCUCGUGGUGCCGAUCACGCCUUGAUCAUCUACGGGGAUCUGGGCACGGCAAACUUCAAGACGAAUUCCAAUGAUGUGACCCGCAUUAGUCUGCCUGCUCAUUAUGGCAGCCUUAAGCAAAUCUACAAUCUGGAUGGUUGUGUGAUUGCUCUGACCACCUCCGGUCAUCUGCUGGACAUCUGUCCGUACACGCGCACUGUGAAUUUGUGCCAAUCGUCGCAGGGUCGGAACUUGUUGAUCGAGGAUUUGCUCGUCAUGGAGUGCAGCGAGGAGAGCAUUGAGCUUCAGAUACUAACCAAGCCAACGGACGAGGGGCGCUUAAUGAAAAUUGUGGAGUAUCCUUCUCUGAGAUGCAAAAACGAGGUGGAAGUGCCAGAGCACGCCUGGCUAGUGCGCCAGCCAAAGUGUGCCGUAAAUCUGUAUUAUUUGGCAGCCAAGGAGGCGAACAAAAGCAGUCUGCCCUCCAUGGUGGAAAUGAUGCUCGUCUCGGAGACGGAUCCCAGUGAUCGGUUCAAGAAACUCGUGGCCAAGGGCCGGCUGGAGGAGGCAGAGGAGUUUGGCAAGCAAUUCGAGCUGUGCCUGCAGCCGAUCUUUGAGGCCAGGGCCAAGCGCAUUCUGGUGGAGCUCUGCAACUCCGAUUCCCAUUUGAAAGCCCCCGAGGGGGAUGCCAAAUUCCAGACCCUUCUAGAGUUGCUCUCGCAGAUUGAGAGCAAAGCGUUUAUUAAGAACAAUCGGAUGAUCAAUCUGAGUUCGCGACACAUUCUAGAGCGCUAUCUGCGCGAGAUCCAAAAGCGUUUGAGCUUCGAGGAGGAUGAAGAGGAUAUGCUGGAGAUUGACGAGCAACUGCAUCGUCUCAAGACUCUGGCCAUCACCGAUCCGUACGAGUGCAACAGCGAUUGGCAAAAGUUCAUCUACGACAACAAUUUGGUGCGUGUGGUCAAGUCGCUGUUCAACACCGAUAUGCCCACGGCCUGCCUCAUCUGGCGCCGGCACUCGAGCAGCAUUCUGCCGCACCUCAACGAGGAUGAGCUGCGCACGCUGCUCGGCUUCAUACCGAGCAACACGAAGCCCUUUAACAUUGUCCAGUGGCUACGCCAGUUUAUACCGAUGGUCAGCAAUACGCAUCCCAGCAUUAUGCCAUUCAUAACUGACUGGAGCAUUGAAAUGACGCGCAAACUUCAGUACAACACACAUUGGCCAAACAUUGGACUCGAGUUCUCAACCAAAAUCUUGGAAAUAUUCGAGGAAAUUCAAUUUACAUAUUCCGAUGUGCGACGGCAGCAGGAACGGAAUGUGGGAAAGCUGCGGGACCUGGUCAAUGCCCUGCAGGAUUUGUUUGUGCUGAAGACCAACUACAACAUGGGCUUCACAUUGGACAACUACAUGCAGGACUCGAUUGAUGCCACUGCCCUGAGCAUACUGCAGCAUGUGCAGCUGGAUAAGCUGCAGCGGCUGGUGAAGGACUUUAUGUACCCCAUAUUCCAGGAGAAGGGACGCCAGCCGCUGGCCGUGAUCAAGCAGUACAUCGCCCAGCUGGUGGCCAGUCGUCAGUCGUCCAGUAAAUGGCUGGAGCGUGCAAUGGCCUGCAUCGAGCUGCUGCACAACGAGGACAGCCGCUUGGAGUGCGCCCUGUCAGUGCUGCAGAAUGCCCCUGUGCCUUGGCCCGAGGCCCUGGGGCCGCUGAUCAAGCUGCGCACCUCCACGCACCCGCUGGCCAUGAAGAUCAAUGCCGAGUACGAGAUACAGGUGAUCAAGAUCAUGAAAGUCAAGUACGGCUGGCCGGCAGACAGCUCGGCGGACAUCAAUCUGGAGCUGUUCAUGAUGCGCAUCGUGAAGCUGAAUCUCCCCGACAUGCUGGAUGAUAUUUGCACACUAACCAAGGCGGCGCCAGAGAUCUCGGUCAGCGCCAAUUUCAACUGCUGCUACCAGAUGGCCAGACGGGGACAAAUCGAGAUGGCCUACGAGUUCUUCAAGACUCUGGGCAGCGAAAAGAACGACAAGCAUCGACGCGAUGUGGUGGAGAUCUUUGCCAAUCUGCUGGAGAACAGCUCCUCUGCGUCGUUCAUCAACGAAGCCAAAGUCCAAGAGCACCUGAAUGUCCUGGAACUCUUUAAACUGUUCCUGCCCCACGUUGAAUCUGUGUACGAGCGUCGCUACCUGAUCAUCAAGCAUCGCUUCCAUCUACGCGAGAAAUUCAACAUUGAGCUGAGCUGCAGCGGCGAGCUUAUCCCUCUGCUUCGGCGCCACGAGCUCCUUGACGAGGCCAUAGAACGGAUCAUUGAGCGGGCUCAGGCCACGCUGAAUGUGUCCGCCUUCAUAGCCAGCGAAAUAAGCGAACUCUGCACGGCCCUGGAUCUCUCAAAGGUGUUUGGGAUGCAGCGGCUGUGCCAGCGUGUGGCAUGUCUGCCCCUCAGCUGUGCCUUGGCCUACCAUGUGCUGCAGUUCAUCGACUGUGUGCCGGGCAACAGCGGUGACUUCAUCAACCUGGCAUUGGAGCUGAUUGUCCAGCAAAUUGAAUCGGCCAAGGGCAACAAUCAGGACUCUCCAUCCUCGCUGCAACUGAUCACCGAAAGUGAUCCCCUGAGCUUCCCCCUCGCGUAUGAUCUGCUGACGUCUGCCUUGCUGCAUGAACGCAGCCGUCGACGGGAUCUUGUGGAUCUCAUAAAGUACAUUCGUGUGGCUGUCAUUCACUAUCCCUUGGAUGCCAUCGCAACGUACUACAAUGGCAAGGAGCAGACGAUCAACGAUCACAUAUGUCGCGCCCUGGACGGCACGGCAAUGGCUCUGGGCGAGACAACGCUCAACUUUACGAGCGCCCUCAAUGGAUCGUUUGAUGUGAAGCCUCUGUCGCAGCAGCUGCUGCCGCCGCCAUCAGCGAAGAAACGCUACUCGGUGUCCAUGUUCGAUGAGGUGGAAGUGCAGCCAGUACAGCAGCCGCAGAAGAAGAGGAACAUCAGUGGUCGCCUGCCGAUCGUCAAGUUCUUGGCACGCACUCUCCUCGUGAUGAUUACUGAGACGGAGCCAAAUAAUUCCCUGCUGAUGCAAGUGCGCCAAUCACUGGCGGAGAAUGUCAAGGAAGACAUCGAUGGGGCACGCGCCGACUUCUUUGUGUCGCUGGAGUAUCUGACCAAGGCCAAGGAGCACGAUGUGUGGUAUGUGAUGUCGCAGUAUCUGCUGGACUAUCAGAAGCAGAACUGCAGAAAGAAGAGGAUCAUCAAUGAACGCUUCAUCACGCUGCAGCUGAGGCGGAUAUUCCGUAAUGCGAUGAGCAACAAGGAUGCAAACUUCCUCGAGCUGUUCAGCAUGCUGGUGGCCGAUGGCGAGUCCGUGGCCAUGCUCGAGAAGCUCUCUACGGAGGUGAAGACCGAUCAGCAGAAGAUCAACUUCCUAACGCUCUCCGCCAUGUACAACGAACACAUUGAGGACGCGGACAAUGUGCAAAUGAUACGCGCCAAGCGCCUUAAACUAUACUAUUACCUGGAGUUCUGCCAGCAGGAUCCACGGAUCAAGGGAAAGUUCAAUGCGGACAUGGACAACAUUGAGCAUCUGCUGAAGGAGUUCCACAACAAGCAGCUGGACGUGCAGCUGCUGGAGCGCAUGAGCCGCGACUUUGGCUUUGACUAUCAAAAGAUUCUGAUCACCCAAAUUCUAAGCAUACUGAAUGCCCAGGAGCUGCGGUUCGAGAUCAAGCGGGACACCUUCGGCGACGAGGAACUGGUCAUGCUGAGCAGCGCCCAGGAGAUGCGGGAGAUGUGCCAGCCGUACAUCAAUGAGAUCAAGAAUGUGGAACUCUUUACCUCCAAGCUAAAGCAGUUUAUCGAAGAGAUCAACAUCUAUUUCUAUGAGCUGUACAUGUGCGUCAUCAACAUCUUAAUGUUCUUUGAUGCUGCCCCCAAAGAGAUGGAGAUCUGGACAAAUAUCUUACACUUUCUGCGCCACAAGAUGAUCACGCGACGACGCAAUCGUCCGGGCCAACUAGAGACAGACAUGUGGCUCAAAUCGCAGCGGGAGAAUGGUGUUCUACCGAAAAUCGCACGCUAUCGUUUGCCCUUCAAGCCGAUAGUCGAGCAACCGCUAAAGGAUAUACUCGAUAGCGAACUGAAUGUGGACAACUGCCAAAGCUGGUUCCCGCUUAUCCAAAUGUAUACGGCCCUCAAGGGCUCCAAGGACAGUAACCAGAACUGUGACUACUUCUGCAUGUCGGCCGUGAAGAAUUCAAUAUCCGAAUACAAGUCCAAGAACGAGUCGGAAUCAUGGAGUCUGCAUCCCACAAACAAUGCCUUUCUGAAGUCCAUACUGCGGCUCGUCAAGAAGGUGCAUAAUCCGAACAAGGCCUUUCUCAUACUCUACUUUGUGUCGAACUAUGCCCGCGAUGGGGCGGACAUGGUGGAGGCCUCCUACGAGUGCUGGAACUUCAUCAAGGAGAACGGCCAUCUGAUCACCGAUGCCAAGAGUCAGGAGCAGGUGGCCAAGGUCAAGCGGCGCUAUCCCAUACAGAAGACCCAACACUUGCUGUAUAUCUAUGGCCUGACCGACGAGAAGCUGCUGCGACUGGUGGAGAAUCCCACGGAGCUGAUACACAGCCUCUACCACCACGAGCUGAUCAUCAAGUCCAGCAAGGUGGACAUCAAUGCCUUGGUCACGGAGAUAGCCAAGCUGCACGAUCUCAAUCUGGGCUCCAUACAGUUCCGUCUGCUGCAGAAGUGGCUCUCGGUGACCAUGGAGCCGGCGGAUAGCACUAUGCUGGAGGAGACAUUUAUGGAAGAUCAGAACUGGUCCGAUCAGAACGGUGGAGGCGACACCAACGGCAGCAAUGGCAGCAGCAGCAACGAUGAUGCCAGCGAGAAUGUGGUGCGUGCAUUUUACAUACUCAGCAGCUGGCCCAAAUCGGAGGCGGUCAAGUUUCUGGUGGGCCUGAUAUUCAAGGGAGGCUCCGUGAACACCUCCACCCAGCUGCAGAUGUACGAGUGCUAUUCGAAGCUCAACGAUGGCAGCAACUCCUUCACGAACACGAUCAGCCAGCGACAGUUUAUCACGAUCAAGUGCGUCCACGAGCUGAAGGCCCUCGGCUACAAGUCGAACAUUGACAAGUUCGCCGAUGACCACUUCAACAAGAUCGAUAUUCUGAAGUUUAUAUGGCAGCGCAAUGCUGAGAAUCCGCUCUCCCUUGAGGUGAUGGCCAACAUCUGUCUGGGCUUCGAUAUACAUCUGCCCAAGAUCUGGAACGGCAUCCUCAAGCGUAUGGUGAUGUUUCACAUGCUGCGCGAACUGAAUGCCCUGCUGGAUGUACUCAGUUGUAAGCCACAGCUGCUGCAUCUGGAUGGACUGGCUCUGGCCUGGGACUAUGUGCUCUGUCAUCCUCUGAAGAAUGCCGUGCAGACGCGUUCCUUUGCCCAGGAAGAGCAGCUAAACAAGACCCUGUUGCGGCUGCAAGGCUGCCCAGUGGUGCAUGCCCUGAAUCUCAUACAGUUUGCCGAGCUGUGCAUCCUGAUUCAUCGACCCCACAUGGCAGCGGCCAUACUCAGCUUCUGUCAGAGCUCAGAGCAACGCGAAAAGAUCAAAAAGCUAAUUGCUAGCCGCCAAGGGGAAAAUCUACGGCAACAGAUACUGGAUUUGGAAGAGGCUGGCCUGCUGCCUGUUGUGCUUAACUUUGCCCUCAAAGAAUUGAAGCUCUAGGCGUGGAUGUAUCCCUCUCUUAUCCUUCUAUUCUCAUGGAAAUAUAAUAAUAAUAAUACAUUGAA